AUCUCCUAUAAUAGUAAAAUGACCGUCUCGUACAAUUUGGACAUCUCAUCAGUGACAACACUGUCGUUCGUUCGUCUUCUCUUCCGAUGGCGUGGCUCUAUAUGGAAAUCGGUAGUCGUCGAGCUAACGAUAUGGAUAAUUUCGUUCUUGAUUAUCUCGUACGUGUAUCGAUAUGCAAUGGAUGAAGAUGAAAAGAGAAUAUUCGAGAGGCUGGCAGCCUACUGUGAUAAAAAGCUCGACUACAUUCCGCUUACGUUCAUGCUUGGUUUCUUCGUGACCAUAGUCGUCGAUCGAUGGCGUCAAAUUUUCAGCAACAUGGGUUGGAUAGAAGAUGUCGCCUUAACAAUUGCUACACUGAUACGAGGUGAUAGCAAAGAAAUAAUACUUACACGUCGUACAAUAAUCCGAUAUAUGGUGCUUUCGCAGGUUCUAGUUUUUCGCGAUAUAUCGAUGCGGGUGAGACGACGUUUUCCUAAUAUGGAAUCCAUCGUAACGGCCGGCUUCCUACACGAGAAUGAAAAAGUUGAACUGGAAAAAAUCGACAUUGUCUACAAUAAAUACUGGGCUCCUGUUAAUUGGGCACUCACACUGGUUUUUCGUGCCCACAAGGAUGGACACAUUGCUGCUCCACCGUCAAUGAAUUCAUGCAUAAACGAAAUCAAAACAUUUCGAGCAAAACUCGCUCAAUUGUGUAACUACGACUGGGUGCCAAUUCCUAUCGCAUACCCACAAGUUGUGUUUCUGGCCGUUCGCGUUUACUUCUUGAUAUGUCUUGUUUCACGUCAAUACAUACUUAGCGAUGAGGCCAACAAUAGAAGUGUGGUAAGAUUCAUUGCACAUGAAACUAAAAUAAUCCGACCUCGGACUGUUGGGAGCGCACUGGUUAGGGACGCCGUCCAAUACAUGCAUGAGCCGUUGGUUCAAUGUUUUCACAGCGUUGAUCAAUCCUCCCAUUGA